UGCUUCUUGUUCAAGGAAAAAGUGUUGGGGGGAGGGAAGUCACUUCUGUUUUCCCUUCUGUCUUACACGUGGUUGUCAAGAUUCCCAGCCGUUCCUACAGGUCUUUUUUUGCCCCAGAAUUGAAAGGAAUCAACGUGUGUUCCCCCCUUCCCCAACACCAGGGUUUUGAGUUCUGCGGAGGCACAGAGCUCCAAGUUCACCUUUUUUACUCAUAGAAUCACCAGCUGGUUUGAGUGGGAAGGGACCUUCAAGGUCAUCUCAUUCCAACUGCCCCAGCCCCAGGUCACCUUAAAAAUCAUCCAGUCCCACCCCCUGCAUGGGCAGGGACACCUCCCACCAGCCCAGGUUGCUCCAAGCCCCAUCCAACCUGCCCUUCAACACUGCCAGGGAUGGGGCAGCCACAGCUUCCCUGGGCAACCUGGGCCAGGGUCUCACCACCCUCACACCAAAGAAUUUUUUCCUAAAUCUCUCCUCUUCCACUUUUAAUCCAUUCCCCCUCAUCCCAUCCCUCCCUGCCCUUGUCCCAAGCCCCUCCCCAGCUUUCCUGGAGCCCCUUCAGGCACUGGAAGGUGCUCUCAGGUCUCCCUGGAGCCUUCUCCUCUCCAAGCUGAACACCUCAACUCUCCCAGCCUGGCUCCAGCUCUUGGAUCAUCCCCGUGGCCUCCUCUGGACUUGCCCAUUCAAGUAGUUUUAGCCCAUUGAUCUCUCCUGGCCUGGAGGAUGUUCCCUGCGAUAAACCUAGUGGCCAUGGAUCCAGCUUUUCCAUAGGAAGAAGGGCUUUACAGGCCAGUGUUCCACUGGGAACGUUGCAGGGUCAGGUUGUGGUCUCAGAAUCCAUCAGGAUCCUGACUUGCCCAGUCGCUGCCUGCAUGGGAAGAGAGCUCCCUGUGUAUCUCCAGGGCUUCUGAUGAGUCAGCCAAGAUACGCUUCAGUGGGAAGAGGGUGGAAACUCCCAGGAGUGGAGCAAAAUAGGAUUGAUGGGUUUCUGAGGAUGCUAUUCCUGGCUUGUGUCCUUGCCUGAAGGAGGGAAAAACAAGGUGAGAAGGUGAGAGAAAGAGACAGGCUGGUGCCUUGGAGGAGCUGCAGUGAUUGCAGCAGGAGAGGAGGAGGGCUGAAGUGUCCCAUGGAGCUGGAGAGGAUCAAGAGGAGGUCCUGCCAUCAGACUUCAGACCUUCUGUCUUCUUCUGAGGGGGACCAGCAUCUGCUCAGCAGAGAUGCUGCAGCAGGAGCUGGCCCCUCUGGGCAGGCACAACAUGGGGCAUCAGGCCUGCAGCUCACACCUUCUGGGGGCUCCUCUGCAGCUGCAGACCUUGGAAUGUGCCACGAGAAGGGGGUUUGCUGGCUGGCGCAGGAGGAAAGCAAGGAAGGAGCUGCUGUGUCAGGAGGGGCAUGUGGAGACCCCCACCUCAAAUGUGGGGGGUGUGAUGGUUGCAGGCAAAGCCUCUUAGAUGAAGAUUCCCGGCUGGAAUAUCUGAGUGCUCACGAGCCAGAUGUGGAGGAUGGGAGCAGCUUGAGUGAGUUUUCUGGGCAGGUUGAAGCCCUGGAGCUGAUGGAUCCAGCACAUGAAGCUGCAAGGAGUGAGUUGGCAAAGGAGCCACAUCUUGAUGUUUCAGAAGGUGGUUCUGUUGCUGCCGAGUGUGACCAGAGCUGCCCAGCAGCAGAGCUCCAGGACUCUGUGUCUCUGCCAGACUGCACUGGCGAGCUGGAAGCUGGAGAGGAAUCCUCCCCUGCAAACACCUGCUGCCUGAGCUCUGAAGAAGACCUGAAAAGCUCCUCCAGGAUCCACCAGGCUGUGGAUGCCAGCUCUGAUUUCCGAGCCUGCUUCACCACCAGCAGGAGCACCAGUGCUCAGCUCUGUCUGUUCUCCAGGGCCGUCAACACUGAGAUAACCCUGAUGGACAAUCCUCCACCCCCAGGAUGGUGCUGGGUAACCCCUGCAGGUGCUGGUGGCACUGGGAAAACUGAGUCACAGCUCCCACUGCACAGACACCGGGGGGACAAUAUUUCAACAGCUGAAAAAUCAGAAAAUCAGGAGCAGCAGGAAUUCCAAGCUGAACUUGGGAGCAGGGUUUUGAAGACUGAGAGGCUGUCCCACCUUGGCUCACCAGCCGUGAGGAGCUGCUGCCAGGAGAGCCUGCAGAGGGCGAUGGAGGCAGAGCUGCAGGUCCUCAAUGCUCAUUACCAGCUGUGCUACCAGCACUGCUUGAAGGUCUGCACCCCAGCUUUGGAGGACACCAUCAGAUGUCAUGGAAAGACCAGACAGGUUUCAUCUCUCCUCUUGGUCUUGGAAGAGCUGAAGAGGAAAUACAAGAGCAUGAGGGUGAAGAUCCAAACGGGGGUGCCCUUGAGUGCCCUCCCACCCCUCUCAGUGGAGGUGAACGUGUUCCCAGCCUCUUUUCCGUACGUCCCCUGCCAGGUAAUUCUCUCCAUUGCUUUUGGGUUGGGACACAAAUCCUUUCUUGGGGAAAAUGAAGACAAAUCUUACCUUUUCUUUAUCUUCUUUUGGCAGCUGUUCCAAGAGGACCUUUGCAGUGAUUCUGUUUCAGCCCCAAGAGGAGCUGCCUUUGAAGCUCCAGGACUGGAAGGAGGGAACAUUUCAGUCCACAGGGACUUCUUGGUGACUCAUUUAAUGGAUGCUGGGAAGUCCUUUCAGGGUGGUCUCCAGGCUGGAGGUGAAACUGGUGCUGGGCAGCCAAGUGACUCUGCUUCCUCCAGGGCUUUUGGAGAACAUCAAGAGGAUGUGGGAAUUGGUGUUUUUGCCCCUCAAAGUUGGGUGAAGAACGAAGAAGGGAAGGAAUUUUGGUUUGAUGCCGAGGAGGACUUGGCAGGAGAAGCUUUUUCAGUCCCACCUGGAACAACAAAAAAGCCCCACGGAAAAGAAGGCGAUCGAAGAGACACUGAUGAAGCCAACUUAGCUGUGGAGGGCAGGAAGCAGGAGAGAAGAGGAAGAGCAGCAAGUGUUGAACUUGACAAGGUGCCUUCAGCCCAGAAAGGCUUCCCUUCCCAAGUGCUGAGAAAGAAGCUUGGGAAAGGGAUCCCACCUGCUGGGAACAGUGAGAGAAACGAAGAGGAUCAAACAUUCCCUUCAGCCUUCAAGCCUGGGAGAGCAGCUGAGGCCACCUCUGCUCCUAGGAAAACCCUUCUCCUCCCCAAACCUUCUUCAGGACCUUCAUCCUCUGCUCAAGUGCCCUCAGAAACCAAGCGCCCUGGUCAGCAAGCUGAAGGGUUUUUGUUCCAGGCUGAUGUCCAGCAGCAAAGCUCUGCUCCCUGCUCUUCCCACGACGCCUUCAUCCCCCCUAACAUGUUGAACUUGAGCAACUUCACCAAAUUAAUGAAGAAGCUCCAGCAGCUUCACCCCGAGGCCAACAGAGAGAAGAUCAUGGCUGCUCUGCUGGAGGUGAGGAAGGACAACCAUGGGAUCUUGAGUGGCUUGUCCAUCAGCUCCAUUAUGGAAAAGACCUCUGCUGUUCUGAGGAAACCAAACCCCAGUUGUGCAGAGGGAGGAAAAGCAGGAUAGAGAAGUCUUUCUGACCAUGAAGAACCCACCAUUUCUGGAAGAUACUUCUGGUUUUGCAAGUUCUCCCAUCCAUUUUGUUUCAGGAUGGUUUUGUGUCCCUUGUUUGAUGCAUUUCAGCAGCUCUUGAUGACAAACUCCAGCAGGGAGCAUGACCUGCAGGUCACUUGGAGCUGUUUGACCCUUUCUGGAGAUGAUUCCUGUUGUUGGUGUUCCCUGGAGCUUUUGGAAGCAGUUCAGUAGGUUUCUCUGAGGUGGGAAGAGGACACUUGAGUGAAGCAAGACUUCUCCAGGCUGAAGGACACACCCUUCAUUCUGGGGUGGUUUCGCAGCAGAGGAAGGGCUUCUACAUCUCAGUUUUGUGGUGUCCUGGGGGAAGGACAGUGGGAAGCCCACAUUCCAUAGGGCUUCAGAGUGGACUUCAUUCACUCACCUGAGUGAGUGAAUUGGAAUAAAGGUUCCAAUCCCUCCUCCAACAGCUGUCCCUGUGCUCUUCUCACAUCUCUCUCUCUUCUCCUGCAGCCCCAGCCUGGUCCUCCACCUCCAGCUGGGCCUUUUCUGCUCCCUCCUUAGCAGCAGCUGCUGCUCUGCUGUGUCUUUGUUAGGGAUGGAGCUGGGUCGGUGGGAAAGCAGAAGGAUGUUCAUCCCACUUGUCCUGCUUGGUGGGAACAGAAGUGAUGAGGGGAAGGGGUGAUGACCUCCCAGCCCUUUGAUGAAGGCACAGCCCCCUGAGCUGUGGCCGCUCGAGCUCUCUACUCGCUAGAAAAACUCCAGCGCCUUCGUUUCCCCCUCGGCCCGUGUCUCUGCGUCCCCGCG